AUGUGGAAAGAUGGAUGGAAGAGCAGGUGGGUGUUAUCAGAUUGGAAAAGGGCUGAAGGGAAAGCAGGCACGUUUAAGUACACAGCAGGAAAAUGGUCUGCGGAUCCUGAUGACAAAGGUAUUCAAACAUAUAAUGAUGCCAAGCAUUAUGCAAUAUCUGCAAAGAUUCCAGAGUUCAGCAACCAAAAUAGAACUCUAGUGGUCCAGUAUUCUAUUAAAUUUGAACAGGACAUUGAAUGUGGUGGUGGUUAUAUCAAGCUUCUCUCUGGCUAUGUCAAUCAGAAGAAAUUUGGCGGUGAUACUCCAUACAGUUUCAUGUUUGGACCGGAUAUAUGUGGCACACAGACCAAAAAACUCCAUGUUAUACUUUCUUACCAGGGGCAAAAUUAUCCUUUAAAAAAGGAUCUACAAUGUGAAACUGACAAGUUAACCCAUUUCUACACGUUUAUUUUGAGGCCUGAUGCAAGUUAUAGUGUCCUUGUUGACAAUCGAGAAUGGGAUUCUGGAAGCAUGUAUUCAGAUUGGGAUAUCCUUCCUCCAAGGAAAAUUAAGGAUGUCAAAGCAAAAAGGCCAGCAGACUGGGAUGAUAGAGAAUACAUUAACGACCCUAAUGAUGUCAAUCCAGAGGGAUACGAUUCAAUUCCUGCUGAAAUUCCUGAUCGAAAGGCCAAAGAGCCUGAUGAUUGGGAUGAUGAAGAGGAUGGAGUAUGGAAGCCACCUAAGAUUCCAAAUCCAGCAUACAAAGGACCAUGGAAGCGCAAGAGAAUCAAGAACCCCAACUAUAAGGGGAAGUGGAAGACUCCAUGGAUUGAUAACCCAGAAUUUGAGGAUGAUCCUGACCUUUAUGUGCUAAAGCCAAUAAAAUAUGUGGGAAUUGAAGUAUGGCAGGUAAAGGCUGGUUCAGUUUAUGACAACAUUUUGAUUUGUGAUGACCCAGAGUAUGCAAAACAAGUAGUAGAAGAGAUAUUUGCAAAUAGGGAGAUUGAAAAAGAAGCCUUAGAGGAAGCAGAGAAAGAGAGAAGGGCUAGAGAAGAAGAGGAAGCUAAUAGAGCAAGAGAGGAUGGUGAACGGAGAAAGAGGGAGAGGGAUCGUCGGUACGGAGAUAGAAGGCGCAGAAGGCACGAUCCACGUGAUUACAUGGAUGAUUACCAUGUAAGAAUGAAUCUGUUGACUCUCUCUCUCUCUUUUAUAUUCUUCAUUGUCAUAGAUCCCCCAAAGAGUGAUAACUCACCCCUAUUAGCACUAUUUUGUAAUUACUGGUAUGAUCUUUUUACGUUGGAAACUGCUGAUUAAAAGCAUUGAUAGGAACAUUUAGCAUGUCUUAUAAAUUCCAGGAUCUAAUAUGAAUUGUUGAUGAUGCAGUUAUUGCUUUUAAAUGUAUCAAAUAACAAGUUGAAGUCUCUUCCGGAAUCAAUUGGGAGUUGUUUCUCUCUUGAAGAAUUACAAGCAAAUGGUGGGGAUUCAAUCACAUGCAGUGGAUAUUACUGCAGCUACUUGAACGUGAGAGGUAGGGUCCAAGGAAACUGAUGAAAAGGCUGAUGAGGUUCUAAAGUAGGAUAUUUUGGAUUGUUGGACGCCAGAAAAUCACUACGGAUGGACUGAAUCUGAGUGUUAAACAUGUUGGGUUUAGACCAUCUGUAAUGAUUUUCUGGAGUCCAACAAUCCAGAAUAUCCGACUUUAGAACCUCAUCAGCCUUUUCAUCAGUUUCCUUGGACCCUACCUCUCACGUUCAAGUAGCUGCACUAAUGUUGGAGCUAAAUGGAUGUGGAAAGAGCACUUUGCUGACUGACACUGAUAAUGGAUUUAGAUAAGCCAAGAGGGGGUGAAGUUUUGCUUGGGGAGCAUAAUGUCCUGCCAAACUAUUUUGAGCAAAAUCAGGUGAUUAAAUGGAUGCUAAGCAAGGGACAGGGAACCACAUUGGGAACAUAUGGGCAACUAAUACGAGCUUUAGAUAUGGACCAUAGAGCAGAGGAAGCACA